UCUACUCCAGUCCACACACAUUCACCCGAGCCGCUGGGAAGACGUAUGAAUUUAUAAGCUCAAUUCGCAAACUAGUCUACAUCUUGCAUACAGAGUGCGAUUUUCACUUCAAAUUCACUCUUCAUCUGGGGUGUGUCUAGUUAAUGCAUUUAAUUAGUCUUGCAGCUGCUGUUCAUCGGCCCGCGCGCGCUAAAGACUGGUCUGGAGGAGUGCGCGCCGCGUGCUGACUCUUUCAUCAUUGGGCCCUCGUUUCCUGCAGCGCUUGGAGGAUGUGGCUGUUCAUCUUGGCCGUGUUUGCCGCUGUGGCGGCGGUUGGGGCGGCCGUGUUCAUUUACAGGUUUUUCAAGAAGCCCCCCAUCUUCACUGAGGAGUGUCUUCGUCCGCCUGCCCCUCUUGUGAUGGACCAGAAACAGAGAGACCAGGUUCUGAAGAAAGGUUUCCGUAGAGACUGCGUUCCGGACCACUUGGAUGCAGUUGUCAUUGGCAGCGGUAUCGGAGGCCUGGCGGCAGCGGCCGUGCUGGCUAAAGCUGGGAAGAGGGUCCUGGUGCUGGAGCAGCACGACCAGGCUGGUGGAUGCUGCCACACCUUUCAGAACCAGGGCUUUGAGUUUGAUGUGGGCAUCCACUACCUGGGGCAGCUGCACGAGAACAGCCUGCUGCGCGUGGCGCUGGACCAGAUCACGGAGGGCCAGCUGCAGUUCGCCCGGCUGGAGCAGCACUUCGACACGGUGGUCAUCGGGCAGGGCGCCGGCCGCAGGGAGUACCACGUCGUCUCGGGCAAGACGGAGAUGCACGAGUGCCUGAGCAGACAGUUCCCAGAGGACACGAAGGCCGUGGACGAGUUUAUGAGGCUUAUGAAGCUGUCGUCCCGUCACACCCCUCUCUUCUCCAUGCUGAAACUGGUGCCCUUGUGGCUGGCGCGACUGCUGAUCCGCUGCGGGCUGCUGGGCCUCCUCUCCCCCGUGUUCGGCCUCUCCUCCACCAGCCACUCCCUCCUCAUGUCCAGCCUGAGCCACAACAAGGACCUGCACGUCCUCUCAGCGUACCUCUUCUACGGUGUGCCGCCAAAAAACUCCAGUUUCCUCAUGAACGCACUGCUCCUGCAUCACUACAAGCGAGGGGCCUACUACCCACAAGGUGGCGCCAGCGAGUUUGCCUUCCACAUCAUCCCAGUGAUCCAGCGAGCUGGAGGCUCCGUGUUGGUUAGAGCGCCGGUCCAGCGCAUCCUGAUCAACCAGCAGGGCUCUGCAUACGGGGUGACUGUAAGAAAAGGUGAAGAGGAAGUUGAGGUGUUAGCCCCUGUAGUCAUCUCAGAUGCUGGCAUGUUCAACACUUUUCAGAAAUUCCUUCCUUCAGACGUGCACUCCAAACCAGAAGUCCGGAGGCUGCUAAGUAUGGUCCAGCAUGGAAUGGGCUCCUUUCUGGUGUUUGUGGGUCUGGACGGUACGAAGGAAGAGCUCGGUAUUGUCUCCACUAGUUUCUGGAUGUACAAGCAUAAUGACCUGGACCAGCUAAUGGAGCAUUACAGUUCUCUUGGUAGAGAGGAGGUACUGGGAAACAUCCCCAUGAUGUUCAUAACUUUCCCAUCUGCCAAAGACCCAACAUCCAGCAUUCGCCAUCCAGGGAAGUCCUGUAUGACGCUGCUGACCAUGGCCAAGUAUGAGUGGUUUGAGGAGUGGAAGGACACCAGGCUGAGCCGUAGAGGCGCUGACUACGAGGACUUUAAGAUGAGCAUGGCCAAGGAGCUGCUGGAGUGGGCUCUUCAGAUGUUCCCUCAGCUCAGGGACAAGGUGGUGUUCAUGGACGCCGCUACCCCGCUGACCAACGUCCACUACCUCGGAGCCCCGCGCGGACAAAUGUACGGAGCGGAGCACAACCUCAGCCGCUUCGACCUUGAGGCGGUGGCCAGCAUACGGGCCCAGACGCCGGUCCAAGGGCUCUUCUUAACAGGCCAGGAUGUGUUCUGUAACGGGAUGGCGGGCGCGCUGCACGGCGGCCUCAUGUGUGCGUCUGCUGUGCUGGACCGCGUCCUCUACGUCGACCUGCUGAUGCUGAAGAAGAAGCUGAAGAGGCAGCGAGCCCUGAAGAGGAAAGCCUAGGACACGCCCAUCUCCAACAUGGCAGGAGCCUCACCAGGGGGGUAUGGCAGGUACGUGGUUUAGGGACACACCUGGGUAAGUUAACUCCUACAACGAGAGCCCAAUGGACCAGUUGCGCGAAAGGCUCUCGAUGAGCUUGUUUGUUUCCAGCCAGGUGUGUUUGAACCUGCGGCUAUUCUGAAUGUGAUUAGUGUCUACACGUCCUUCAUCGUAACGUGUUGAUUCACCAGGUGCAACAUCUAACCAGAUCCGUGUAGACACUGAUUACAUUCAGAAUAGUGGCAGGUUCAAAUACACCUGGCUCCACAGGAAUAAGCGAGCUCACCUAGAGCCUUUCAUGCCACUAGUUAAUGGCAUUGUUUUGUUAGGAGAAUAAAGCCGUGCGGCUCCUCUAUCAGGAGGUUUACCAUUUACUCUGAGUUAACUUACCCAGGUGUGUCACUAAACCACGUACUUGAGUGGUAUGAAAUGGAUAUUAAACAUCCACACUUUCACAACUACAACUUCGACUUGUCCCACCUCAGUAUUUUAAAACAUUUAAUGGGGUGAAAUUGAUUACACCAUUAAAUUUAUCUUCACAUUCAUUCAUUCAGUUAGCAGACAUGUUUAU